AUGCAGGCCGUCGUCGGUCUUGCAUCGCCGUCGCAGCCCGCUGACGCUCUCGAGAAACGCUCCGGAGCCUCUUACGUCAACAUGGUCUACUGGCCAUACUGGGCUAACAAGGAGCUGCGGGACGUCGAUGCCGCCGACAUCUCCCACAUUAUGUACGCCUUCGGCAAAGUCCUCCCCGAUGGCACCGUCGAGCAACGCGAGCCUGUCGCCGACGUUGGUUCUACCACCCAGACCGAAAACGCCGGUGGCAAGUGGGCUCAGCUCUUCCUUUUCAAGCAGGCCAACCCUCAUGUCAAGACGGUGCUGUCCAUUGGCGGAUGGCCUAAGGACGAGGAGAAGGCGUGGUUUGCCUCUGCCGCCAGCACGGUUGAGAGCCGCGAGCGAUUUGUCGAAACGGCCACGCAGCUCAUGCUCGACGGCGGCUUCGACGGCCUCGACAUCGACUGGGAGUACCCAGUGGGGGCCAAGGAAAGCAAGGACCACGCAGAGCUUCUCAAGGCCCUUCGGCAGAAGCUCGACGGGCUCAAGGAGUCCUACAGCGGCUAUCACUUCCUCCUUACCCUAGCGACCUCGGCCAGCUCCUGGUGGCAUAGUCACCUGUCCUUUGAUGACCUCAUCCCCGUCCUCGACUUCUGGUACAUCAUGGCGUAUGACUAUACCGGCUCAUGGGGAGAUGUGCUUCUACAUAAUGCCAACCUCUUCCGGAGCAAGAAAAACCCCAACGGCACCCAAAUGUCCACCGACGAAGGCAUUGAAGCGCUUAAAACCAAGGGCAUCUCUGCCAGUAAGAUGGUUCUUGGCCUCCCGUCCUACGCUCAAGUCUUUCGCGACCUUUUGCAGCCAGGAGACAAGAAGACGACGAGGAAUUUCGUCGCGUCCGAGUCGCUCAAGGACAUGAAGCUCGACGAGUUCGACAUAACAUGCGACGACGAAGCCACUAUUGCCACCAAGGCACAAUACGUCAAGGACAAGGGCCUUGCCGGCACCUUUAUGUGGGAUGUCAACCAUGACCUGCCCGGCAAGAAUGCGCUGUAUGUCGCUGCCGCCAAGGCGCUCGGCCAGCUUGAUCGUAGCCGUAGCUGUCAGGAAUACCCAGACUCGCGCUACGCCAACAUCAGGGGUCAGGCCAAGCCCAAGACGACGGCGUCCACCACGACAGCGUCCACUUCCAAGGCCUCUUCUGCUACUUCAAAGCAGAUGACCACGUCCACGGCUCCGAACUCGAGUUCCGCUCGCAUCCUGACCUCCAGCAGCUCUGCCUUGGCCAGCUCGGGCAAUCAAUGGGGCAACAAGACUACGCCUGCGCUCCCUCGGCUGUCGUCAUCGUCGUCAUCGGUCGUCCCGACUAGCUCGCUCAUGGCUUCAUCGGCUUCGUCGGCUUCGUCGGCUUCGGACGAGACCGUCUCUUCCUCCGCCUCCUCCGGCACUCAGUCGAGCCACGCUGCCACCCGGACCAGCGUCACCGUUCCGUGCGCGCUUUGCAACCUUCCCGAUUACAUGAUCCCGGCCAUCAACGCCGACGGCAUGGUCGUCAAGACCGUCUUCGUAAUCGUCAUCAAGCAGAUCACCGUCGCGUGCCCCGACAAGGCUGCCUGCGCUGGCCCCUCGGCCGUAACCCUCACCCAGUCCGUCUUCACCACCGUCUGCCCCAUCGACGCUAGCCCGGCGACCCCGACUGUCGACGUGGCUCCGGAUGCCGGCGUUGAGCCCAUCUCUGUGUCCGUGGCUGGCCGCGUCGUCGCCAUGUGCGCGACGGAGCUCGGCUGCCACGCUACUGACGCCGCUCCUACUUCUGGUCCGGGCAGGACCGAUUCUCGCUCCGGCAAGGCCCAUUCCAGCGGCCCCAACGGACACCUUCCCGGCGGCUCCGACGGACAAACCUCCGACAAGCUUGCAGAACCCGCCCGGGUCGAUAUCCAGGCCAAGGUCGACGUCCAAGCCAAGGUCAAUGGCCAGUCUGGUGCGAGCGGUGCCGGCAAAGAGGGUGAGCACAACCACCAGAAACACCCUGGCUCGCAGCCCCCCGUGGGCGGCUCUGCCUCCGGUGCUGGACGCCUCUCUGGCUCCAAGCCGACCCUCAGCUGCACCCCCAGGCCCAGCCACCCUGUGUCGGCCCAGGCCAGCUCUGAAGCCGCCCUGCGCGUUUCGCCCCAGUCCAACCCGGAAGCCGGGCACGGCGUCUCGGCUCAGGCUGACUUGGAGGUCAACUACCGCGUUUCGCCCCACUCCAACCCGGAAGCCGGGCACGGCGUCUCGGCUCAGGCUGACUCGGAGGUCAACUACCGCGUUUCGCCCCACUCCAACCCGGAAGCCGGGCACGGCGUCUCGGCUCAGGCUGACUCGGAGGUCAACUACCGCGUUUCGCCCCACUCCAACCCGGAAGCCGGGCACGGCGUCUCGGCUCAGGCUGACUCGGAGGCCAACUACCGCGUUUCGCCCCAGUCAAAUCCUGGAGCUGGCCACCGAUCUUCGACUAACGCUGAAGCCAAUCACCGCGUCCCGGCCCAGUCAAAUCCUGAAGUCAACCAUGGCGUCUCACUCAUGGUCGACUCUGAAGCCGCCCAGCGCGUUUCGCCCCAGCCCCACCCUGAAGCCGCCAACCGCGCUUCCACCCAGUCCAGCCCCGUCGCCGGCGCAGAGUCUAUCCAUCGGCUCCCGAACAGCGCAAACACCACGGCCAUCCAGCGCGUCGCUUCGGCGGCCGCUCCCUCGGGCGCCCUCCCCGUCGACGGCCAGGCCAAGGCUGUCCUGACUGCCGGUGCCGCACAGACUUUUGUCAGCGCCUGGGCUGCGUUGGCCGUCUUUGCCAUGCUUUUCUAG